AUGGAUGCGGAUAAUUCUUCAGCCGAUGCGAUAUCAACAAUAUGGAAGAGUCCAUAUAGAGGUGGUGAAUGGAAACCAUGCUUGCACAGAUCUUCAGAAGGCCUUCCUGAAUCAAAUGGAUACAUUUAUGUAGAGGCUAAUGGUGGCUUAAAUCAGCAAAGGACAUCGAUAUGCAAUGCUGUUGUUGUGGCUGGCUAUCUUAAUGCUACUCUUGUGAUCCCAAAUUUCCAUUUUCAUAGCAUCUGGAAGGAUCCUAGCAAGUUCAGCGACAUUUAUGAUGAAGAAUAUUUUGGCAAUAUCUUGAAAAAUGAUGUACGGGUGGUUGAAAAGAUUCUGGAGCACAUGAUGGAAAGAUUUGGCAGCAACAUGACAAAUGUUUUCAAUUUCAGGAUCAAGGCAUGGUCAUCCAUUCAGUAUUACAGAGACGUGGUACUCCCAAAGUUACUUGAAGAACGGGUUAUACGGAUUUCACCUUUUGCAAAUAGAUUGUCAUUUGAUGCUCCUCCAGCUGUCCAGCGUCUCAGAUGCUUAGCAAAUUAUGAGGCUUUACGAUUUUCAAGUCCCAUAUUGUCCCUGAGUGAAUCUUUGGUUGCAAGAAUGAGGAAGCAAAGCAUAGUGAAUGGCGGUAAAUAUGUCUCCAUACAUCUUCGUUUUGAAGAGGAUAUGGUUGCUUUCUCUUGUUGUGUUUUUGAUGGUGGGAGACAGGAGAAAGAUGACAUGGUUGCAGCAAGAGAAAGAGGUUGGAAAGAGAAAUUUACAAAACCUGGACGAGUUAUACGUCCUGGAGCAAUCAGGAUCAAUGGGAAGUGUCCCCUCAGUCCAUUAGAGGUUGUCCUUAUGCUUAGGGGAAUGGGUUUUACAAAGAACACCUCCAUCUAUUUGGCAUCUGGAAAAAUAUAUAAUGUCGAGAUAACAAUGGCCCCUCUAAGGAUGGCUGCUAUAGACUACACAGUUUGUCUUCAUAGCGAGGUGUUUGUCACAACACAGGGCGGUAACUUCCCUUAUUUUCAACUGGGCCACCGGAGAUACUUGUAUGGUGGACACUCUAAGACAAUCAAGCCUGAUAAGCGGAAGUUGGCAUUACUCUUUGACAGUACCAAUAUUGGAUGGAGAAGUCUCAAGCGUCAAUUGCUAAGCAUGAGGUCACACAGCGACUCCAAAGGAAUUGAGCUCAAAAGGCCUAGUGACUCCAUAUAUAGCUUUCCAUGUCCAGAUUGCAUCUCCACGUCGACACGGUUCAGUAAUUUCCGAUCUUAUCUCAGUUGCAUAUAA